GCGGCGCGCACCAUGGCGGCGCUCAGGGGCCCGGCGCGGCGGCUGCUGCCGGGGGGGCUGCCGGGCCUGGGGCUGCCCCCGCGGCGGUACCGGUACAAGGAGAAAUGGGCUGGCACUGCUCCCAAGAUCUCGGCCACCCGGCUGGCUCUGCAGAACUUCGACAUGAACUACAGUGUGCAGUUUGGCAGCCUGUGGCCCUCGAUCCGCGUCAGCCUCCUCUCGGAACAGAAAUACGGCGCGCUUGUCAACAAUUUCUCUGACGCCGACAGGGUCAGCCGAGAGCUGGAACUUCUAAAUGCUGUGGAUUUUGUUUAUGAAUCUCAGAAAGCAGCUCGGCAUGUGCACGGGGAUUCGCCUGUAGAACGAGUGAGGGGUGAGGAAACAGCGCCCCAAGAAACCCACAGAGAACAGUUGUCUGUGGAACAAACACAGAUGCCAUCAUCGCUUUCUGCGUCCAUCAGCCCCAACAUCAAGUGUUACACAUUCUCCAAAGGAGACAUCAGUCGGUUUCCUCCGGCAAGACCAGACGCUUUAGGAACCCUUGGCUACUAUCUGCUGGAUGCCGCAUCGCUCUUGCCUGUCUUGGCUCUCAAUGUGCAGCCUGGUGACUUAGUCCUUGACCUCUGUGCAGCACCUGGUGGCAAGACGCUGGCUCUUCUGCAGACAGGAUGUUGCCGGCACCUGGCUGCCAACGAUAUCUCUGCUUCCCGCAGUAACAGGCUGCGCAGAGUUCUCUGUAGCUACGUUCCUAAAGACAUCAGCGCUGAUGUGCGCAUCACAUCCUGGGAUGGAAGGAAGUGGGGGGAACUGGAAGGGGACACUUACAAUAGGCUAUCCCAUCAUUCACAAGGGCAACCUCUUGGCCAUGCUGUUCUGGCUUUCUUCAGAACCAGUCGUCCGACUCUAAAAAUGAGCCAGAUGUGUGUUUCGGGGGCAUUCACAAGUGGUACAAACCUCUCCGUCAGUCAGGGGCUUAGCAUGUUACCUCCAAGGUGUCCUCAGCUGCCUCUGGUACAAAGAGAGGGAAGACAAAGCUCAGGACCUGAACCCAAAGCCCCCCCUCAGCUUCCCUGUCUGUGAAUCAACCCUAAGUCUACCCACUUACAUUCCUUAUAGCCAAGGAUUCUAGCUCGAUGGGGUCAGCCAAUUGUUCCUUCCUGCUCUCCACUGAGCCAGCCAUGGGCACGCCUCACAUCCAGCAAGUGCAACACCAGAAGCUGCCAGGAAGGGACGUCAACCUUGCUCUGGGCGUGGAGUGGUUCAACUCCUUGGUGGAGCGAGGUCACUGGCGAGAGGCAGGAGACAAUCUCUUUGCCCUACGGCCCCUCAGUGGCAGAGAAAGCAGCAGUAGCCAUCACCGGCAGUGGGAACCUUGAGCCCCUUUCAAAUCACUCCCCAGCCACACACUCGCAUGCGCCCAGCCUUACCCAAGGAUUGCCAGCACCGUUGCAAACACACCAGCUCCACGCGAGUCAUCGCAAUGAUUCCAACCACAUCCAUUCACACAGCGCAGCUGCAUCACGGCAGGGAUUCCUCCAAGCAAAGUCCAAUCUUGCUACAUGGAAGAGUCCCUCAGCACUCUCUGCCCACACCCUGGUAUCCCAUGAGCUAAUGGCACGGGAAGUCUCUUACGUGUGCAGAAACUCUACCAGGACUUCCUAGCCCCAGAUCUCACGGAGCUGUUACCACGGGGUGAUGGGCUGAGGAUUUGGCCAGUGGGAGAUCCCGUUGGGCAAAGCAUAAAGCUGGGAUCAUUUUCACACACCACCU